UUCAAGACAGGGACAGUGUCUUAUGUUUCAGUCUGAGUAGAGAGAGGGAUCCUCUGACACCUUUCAGCACUCAGAGGGCAGGAAAGCCACCAGACGUGAGUUGUUUAGUUGUUAACUGAAGGACCUGAACCCUGCUGGUGCCUGUUAGUGGAAAAAGAAAACUUCUCUGGACUUCGGCAGAAUGGAUCGCUCAGAAAGCCCUGCAUCCACUCGGCGGAAGGCCAAGUUGAUGAUUGGACUGAAAGGGAAGAAGAAAAAGAAAGUCAACACAGGCCCGGUCCUGGAAAGCAAGGGAGCUAUGGUGUGCGCAGACAGUGAGGUGGAGGACCCUUCUGAAGCGUCUGCCCUGCUGGCGGAAGUAAACAUCGAGGACCAACAUGACACCUCUGCAGUCAGAACCAGAAUAAUACCGAACAAUAAAAGGGCCAAACUGAAGACUUGCAUCCAGAAGAGUGAAGGGAAACCCCAGAGCUUCCAGAUUUCCAUUAACAUCACAGAGGCCAGGCAGCUGGUGGGAGAAAACAUCGACCCGAGUGUGGUGAUUGAGAUCGGCGAUGAGAAGAAGCAGACUUCGGUCAAAGAAGCGACCAAUGCUCCCUUUUACAAUGAGUAUUUCGUGUUUGAAUUCUUUGCCUAUAAAGAGCUCUUUUUCGACAAAGUCAUCAAGCUGACGGUGAUGCACUCCAAAAUGCUGAGGAGUUUCUGUGUCGGGUCCUUUAAGCUGGAUGUGUGGACAGUUCACAGACAGCCAGGUCAUCGGUUCACCAACAAGUGGGCAAUGCUGACCAAUCCUAGUGACAUUAACACCGGGGUCAAAGGUUAUGUCAAGUGUGACAUCAGCGUCUCGGCAAAGGGGGAUGCCAUCCAGCCAGGACCAAAAUCGAGUGAUGCUGCGGAGGAGAUAAACAAGAACCUGCUGAUACCAGAAGGUUUUCCCACCGAGCGUCCCUGGGCUCGUUACUUUGUGAAGGUGUAUCGAGCUGAAGGCCUUCCACGGAGCAACUCCGGCAUGAUGGCCAAUGUCACCAUGGCCUUCAUAGGAGGCGACACAGCACUCAUAGACCCAUACGUAGUGGUGGGCUUCUUCAAACAAGUGGGUCGCACAUCCACUCAGAAGUCCACAGCAGAGCCGGAGUGGAACGAGCAGAUCGUCUUCACAGAGAUGUUUCCCCCUCUGUGUCAGAGACUGAAGAUCCAGGUCUGGGAUGAGGGAAGCAUGACCGACGUUGCCAUCGGAACCCAUUACUUUGACUUGAGGCGCAUCUCCAAUGAACAGGAUGGCGACAGAGGGUUUUUACCAACUUUUGGUCCUGCGUGGAUCAACCUGUACGGCUCUGUGAGAAAUGGUUCGAUAGGUGACGACACAGGGGAGCUUAAUGAGGGCAUCGGAGAGGGCGUGUCCUUCAGGGGUCGCAUCUACAUGGAGCUGGCAGUGGAGAUCAUGUCAGGAGGGGCGGGUUCCGAGUCCAAACUCAGCAGAACGGUGAAACCGUCGAAGGACGCCAAAGCAGGAAAAGGCGGAGGGAAGGACAGUAAGACUCCUGCAGGAGGAGGAGGAGGAGCCGCCGAGGAUGACAAAGGAAAAGGUGUGGCUGCAGAAGUCCAGCCUGUGGAAUCUCCUCCUGUGCGUAAUCCGGACCACAACGAGAGCUUCCUGCUGUUCGGGACGCUAUUCGAAGCCACCAUGAUUGACAGGAAGAUCGGAGACAAGCCAAUCAGCUUCGAGUUCUCCAUGGGUAACUGUGGUAAUGUCUUGGAGGCUCCAGAGAAACCCGCCCCUGUCCCCAGUCCUGGUGUCAGGAGGAGACGAGUGCUGGAAGUCCCGGACAGCGGUGACACGAUUGGCUCCUCUUCUCGCAGCACCUCCCCUACCCCCUCCUCCUCCUCCCUGCUCCUCCCCAGAGAGCCUCAGGACAUGCCCUCGGCCCCUAGGUCCACGCCCUUGGCCCCUAGGUCCACGCCCUCGUCCCCUAAGUCCACGCCCUCGGCCCUUAUGUCCACGCCCUCGGCCCCUAUGUCCAUGCCCUCGGCCCCUAUGUCCACGCCCUCGUCUCCUAAGUCCACGCCCUCGUCUCCUAAGUCCACGCCAUCGGCCCCUAUGUCCACGCCCUCGGCCCAUAUGUCCACGCCCUCGUCCCCUAAGUCCACGCCCUCAUCCCCUAAGUCCACGCCCUCGUCCCCUAAGUCCACGCCCUCAUCCCCUAAGUCCACGCCCUCGUCCCCUAAGUCCACGCCCUCGUCCCCUAAGUCCACGCCCUCGUCCCCUAAGUCCACGCCCUCGGCUCCUAGGUCCACGCCCUCGGCCCCUAAGUCCACGCCCUUGGCCCCUAGGUCCACGCCCUCGGCCCCUAGGUUCAUGUCCUCGCCCCCUAAGUCCACGCCCUCGGCCCCUAAGUCCAAGCCCUCGGCCCCUAGGUCCACGCCCUCGGCCCCUAGGUUCAUGUCCUCGCCCCCUAAGUCCACGCCCCCGGCCCCUAAGUCUGCCACGCCUCCGCAGAAGCCACUCAUCGUCGCAGGAAACAAGUACUACAUGUAUCUUCCCCUGGAGAAGGAGAAGCCGUGCAUCAAUGUGCUGAGUAACUGGGAGAACAGAACCUACCGACUCUACAACUCUAAUAUACUGGAAAACAUAGCUGUGCUGUUUGAGGAGGGUGUCGCCGGUGCAGCCAAGCUACACAAGAAGUCAGAUCCGGGGGCGGCGCAUAUGCUCAAAACCAUCCUCAAAGAAUUCUGUAUGGACGCCAGGAGUUUCAUAGCAACAGCGGAGGACAAGUUGAAGGCAGAGCUAAAGUCGAGCUACCUGACGCAUCUGGACAGGAAACGCCUCACCCUGUGUAAACAGGAACUGGAGAGUAUGAUAGGAGAGGCCGAGUCCAUGGUAGAGAGUAAGAAGUUAGCUGGUGGUGUGAAAAAAAUGCUGCAGAAUGCAAAAAAACUACUGCAGAAACUACGCUUCCUUGUGGAGGAGCCCCAGCACACAGUGCCCGAUGUGUUUGUGUGGAUGUUAAGCAACAACAAGCGCGUUGCGUACGCUCGGAUCCGUGCCAGAGACCUGCUGCACUCCAGCAGCCAGGAGGCCCGAGGAAUCCACUGUGGCAAGAUACUGACACUGUUUCUAACGCCUCCAGGGAAGCGUGGUGCAGACUUGACAGUCCAAGCAAAGGUGGACGUGUAUCUGUGGUAUGGAACCUCUUCCGACUCCAUCCACAUGCUGGACGACUUACCCGCGGGGUACGGUCUGGCCACAGAGGGCGGCAGCGGCCCUCCAACAGCCCUGCUCUGUGCAGUGCAGCACACGUUCCAGCUGAGGUGCCACAUGUAUCAGGCUCGUGGUCUCAUCGCCGCGGACACCUCCGGCCUGUCGGACCCUUUUGCCCGAGUCACCUGUCUGUCACACAGCCAAACCACCAAAGUGAUCAGUCAGACUCUCAGUCCGACAUGGAAUCAGAGCUUGCUGAUGAGCAGCCUGCUGCUGAUUGGAGAUCUGUAUCACAUCCAAAAGGAGCCGUUGCGCAUUCUCGUCGAGGUGUACGACGAGGACAUGCUGGGUAAGCCGGAGUAUCUGGGAUCCACAGUGGCGGUGCCCGAGGUCCGCUUGGCCUCUGAGCCCUACGCUCCUCCAACUCUGCAGUACAGCCCGCUGCACUGCGGCAGCCAGACGGGAGGAGACCUGCUGGCUGCGUUUGAACUGCUGCAGAUCCCAGAGUCUGGAGAGAGGGGUCUGCCGGCAUUGGAGAAACAGCAAGGAGGCUUCUACACGGUUCCUGCCAACAUCAGACCGGUUCUCAGCACCUACAGGCUGGAGGUGUUAUUCUGGGGUAUGAGGGAGCUGAAGAAGGUUCAGCUGCUGUCUGUUGAUCGCCCACAGGUCUUCAUAGAGUGUGCGGGAAUAACACUGCGUUCCUCCGUCAUACAGAAGUACAAGUCCAACCCAAACUUCACCACGCUGGUUGAUGCCAUAGAGCUGGAGCUACCAGAGAACGAACACCUCCACCCUCCUCUCAGCAUCACCGUUGUCGACUGGCGGGCCUUUGGUCGCAGCACGCUGGUUGGAAAUCACAUUAUCAACAACCUCAAGGCCUUCAAAUACAUUCCACCUCCAGCCCUGCCUGCUCCAGCCCUGCCUGCUCCCAUACAGAUACACGAACCGCCCAAGGACACGCCUAGACCUUCCCUGGCCCCACAGCCACAAAGCACUCAGGGACUGUACCAGUCUGCUGGAGACACCAGAUGGUCUGCACCACUAAGAAUUCAAGAUUUCUUCAUCACUGUGGAGGAUGAAGCCCCUCCUCCACCUCCAGCCCCACCCACACCUAAGGAAGAACCCAAGAAGAAAAGGGACACGCAGGCAGUAAGCACUCGUGGUCGUUCCACGAAGCGGACGAAGCGGACCGUCGCUGACGAAUCAGCAGCGUGUGUCAUCGACUGGUGGUCGAAAUACUACGCGUCUGUGGAGAAACAGGUCAAACAGGACGACUCUCCAUUCCUCGAGGUCUUUGAUAAAGUCAGCAGCAAGAAGAAACAGAAAGAAAAAGAAAUCGUGGAUCCAAAGCUCGGUCUGCCUAGCAAAUUAGCCACACUCAAGCUGUACACCAAGGAGCUGGAGACAGACUUCGGCCCUUUCAAUGAUUGGGUGAACACAUAUGAGCUGUUCAGAGGGAAAGCCAACGAGGACGAGGGGGCGAAUGAGGAGAGAUUCGUUGGCAAAUUUAAGGGGCGAUUCUGCCUGUAUAAGCUGGAUGAGGACAUGGCAGACGACACCGGGGACUUCAAAGUGAACAGAGGAAUCCCUCCCAACGGACUGGUCCAAGUCCUCAUCCGGGUUUACAUCGUCUCUGCGUCUAACCUGCACCCAGCCGAUGCGGACGGGAAGGCGGACCCGUACGUUGUUCUCCGGCUCGGCAAGAACGAAAUCAAAGACAGAGACAACUACAUCCCUAAGCAGCUGAAUCCAGUGUUUGGAAGAUCUUUUGAGAUGCAGGCGACGUUUCCUCAGGAGUCUCUGCUGUCGGUGGUGAUCUACGACUACGACAUGGUGGGAGGGGACGACCUGAUGGGAGAGACUCGCAUUGACCUGGAGAACCGAUUCUACAGCCGACACAGAGCCACCUGUGGACUGCCGACUGAGUACAGCCUUCACGGUUAUAAUGCCUGGAGAGACUGCCUGAAGCCGUCAGAGCUGCUGUCUCAGCUGUGCAACAAGAACGGUCUGGACGAGCCUGUGUUCAGUCCGGGACGCAUCACUGUGGCUGGCAAAGUUUUCAUUGGAAAGACGUGGUUCAUACAAGAAGAAGAAGAGCCGAUGGAGUCCUAUGAGCACUUGGCCCUGAAGAUCCUGCAUCGCUGGGCGGAGAUCCCAGCCGUGGGAUGCAAGCUGGUACCAGAACACAUUGAGACCAGAACUCUGUUCAACAAGGCUCGGCCUGGCAUGGAGCAGGGUCAGCUCCAGAUGUGGGUAGACAUGUUCCCCGUGGACUCACCUCACCCGGGACCUUCAGUGGACAUUUCCCCUCGUAAACCAAAAGGGUACGAGCUGCGUAUCAUCAUCUGGAACACAGAGGAUGUGAUUCUGACGGACAGCAGCUUCCUGACCGGUGAACAGUCCAGUGAUAUCUACGUCAAGGGCUGGUUGAAAGGUUUAGAGGACGACCGACAGGAGACAGACGUCCACUACAACUCUCUGACUGGAGAGGGAAACUUCAACUGGCGCUUCGUGUUCCCCUUCAGCUACCUGCCUGCUGAGAAGGUGAUAGUGGUGACCAAGAAAGAGCAUAUUUUCUCUCUGGAUAAGUCGGAGCAGAAGCUUCCUGCUAUCCUCAGUCUGCAGGUCUGGGACUUCGAGACGCUCUCCUCUGACGACUUCCUAGGCACGGUGGAGUUCGACCUCCACGAUUUCCCUCGAGGGUCAAAGGCGGCAAAGUCAUGCCAGAUGGACAUGAUGACGGACGGGACGGAGAGGAUCUCCAUCUUCCAGCAGAAGAGAUCGAGAGGCUGGUGGCCCUUCAUUAAGUCUGGAGAGCUGACGGGGAAAGUGGAGGCGGAGUUUCAUCUUGUGAUAGCUGAAGACGCCGAGAAAAAUCCUGUCGGCCGAGCCCGCAAGGAGCCGGAGCCGCUGCCAAAGCCAAAUCGUCCAGACACCUCCUUCUCGUGGUUCAUCAAUCCAUUCAAGUGUUUCUUCCACUUGGUGUGGGGGACCUACAAGAAGUACAUCAUCAUCGGCCUGCUGCUGCUCCUCACAGCGCUGUUCCUCGCUCUGCUGUUCUACACGCUGCCGGGAGCCAUUACGCAGAGGAUAGUCAACGGGUAACAGACGACCACAGAGAACCACACUGUAGUUCCGAACAUCUGUGCAAAGGUAUGGAUUGGGUGGACGUUUAGAUGAUGCGACACGCCCUCCUUCAACAUGUACAGGAGGGAUGAACUUACCUGUGAAGGUUUCUGCAUCUAUACACGUUAAAAUAAUGUAUGUUUAUAUAAGAACUAGUUCAUUAAGUAGAAGAGUCUGGACGUUAAGGUGUUUCUAUUUGAAUGCAUGAUUUACAGUUGGUCUCCUGAUAUUAGAUGGUAUGUGUAAAAGGGAUAAGGUGCUUGUCAGAUAGACCUGAUGAAGAGUCACCAUGACUUAAUACGUUGUCAUCUGUGCUCAAUAAAGAAGUGAUAUAACUCUUAGCACGCAGGCUCUGCUGUUACUGUGUUGUGAAUGCAAGUUCAUUAUAAAGUCAAAUGUCUUGAAGCUUCUAUCUCUUCCAAUGAAGCCUCGAAUGUUCGUUAUCGUAUGUGAUAACAUCAAAUGUGACGAACAAGAAGCUUGAAGCAGAAUAUUUCAUGAGAUAAAAACGUGAAUUUUGGGAAAGAUUAGGUCAAUUUUUUGACAAACUUUACUUCUUUAUGACUGAUACUAUUCUGUACUAUGACUAUGUAUGACAUACUGUACUAUGAUUUUUGUUGUUCCAAAUAUUGAUGUUCAUUGAAAGCUAAAAUGAGACUACAAUCUAGUGGAAUUGAUCAAAGUCCGGGUCCUUUCAUAAGGAAACGUUCUCUCUGCUGUGCCGGGGUGAGUAGGAGUACAGAGCCGGGACAUAACCGGACAAAAACUUGGUAAUAAAAAGAGGACACCGACUUCAUUUGUCUCCCACCAACUGAACUUUAGUAUAGUUUUAAAAUGAAAAAUAACAGUUCAACACAGUGCUUUUUCCAGCUGCUUUUAUUAUCUCUUGACAGUGAAUCAGCUUCCUGUUUGUAUCUGGUGAUUGUCAAUCCUCAGUUUAUUCCGGCCUGACUGCAGAAUUGAAAUUAUUGACACGAUUACAAUGGAACAAACCAUUCUGUCCAGUAGUUAAAUAAACAGACUAAAAAAAACAAUAAAACAUAAAGUUUCAAUCAAAUCAAACUGUGUGUACAUGUGUGUGGAGAGAAGCCUGUAAGUGUUACCUGAUGAGUAUAACUUACUCAUCAUGUGAUGAGAAG